CCGACAACUACCGAUUCUUGACCAAUAGACUUGGUGUUUGUAUGAUUUCAUGAAAAUAGAAUAAACUUCAACACAUGUUGCCUCGUCCUGACGGCAGCAGGAGCACUUAGUUGGCAGUGGGGCUUUUCACAAUGGUCGUGGAGUCGCAAGCGCUGCUCAAGCAGACUAACGCCUCGUACCAGACGCUGAAGGAGACGCUCCCGGCCGUCGACGGCACAUGGAAGCGCACCGAGCCCCGGCAAAAGCCAGACGCGGCGACGUAUCUGUUCAAGUACAUCAUCUUUGCGCAGAUUUUCGUCUACAUGGAAGCGGGUGUCGUGCCUGCCUUGCUCUUGGAGUUUACCGAAGCGUUCGAGCUCACACCGCAGGACCAAGGCCUCUUGGGUGCGAUCGUGUACAUCGCGCUGUCCCUUGGCUCGCCCCUCUGCGGGUACCUCUUUCGUCACUACUCUCCCCGCAUCGUCCUCGGGUCCAGCCUUGUCUUGAACAACCUGUUUGUGCUCGCGUUUGCAUUCACACCCGUGGGAGCAUGGUACUCUCGCGCGCUGCUCAUCAUAUUUCGCGGUGCGAUUGGAUUCACCCAGGCCUGUCUCUGUGUGUACGCGCCGCUGUGGGUGCACGACUACGCACCCAAGUCCCAAAAGGCCAGCUGGAUGAGCUACCUCCAAGGCGCCGUGCCCAUCGGCGUCACGCUGGGCUACCUCAUGGGCUCCGUGAUUGUGUGGGUCGGACAGAGCUACGCCAGCUGCUUCAGCCUGUUCUGCUGGAGGUGGCCGUUUCUGGCCCAAGUGGUGAUCGUCAUGCCGUUGGCGGUGGGGGUGUUCUUCGUCCCGGAAGCGCAUAUUCGCAUGCGCGUGCCCCGCCGACAGUCGAUUCCGUUCGUGGCCGAGGCGCUGGACGAGAUCGACCGCAAAGCAGAGGGAGACAGCGACGACAGCGACAACGACAACGACACCAACAGCAACUGGCACAACGUCGGCAUCUUGCUGCGCACGCCCGUGUUCACGUCGGUGGUGCUCGGCCUGUCGGCUUUGUUCUUUGUCGUUACGGGGGUGCAGUACUGGACCACGCUGUUCCUCACGACCAACACCUCGGAUUCCGCCUACAUCAUCCACUUGAACUACCUCAUCGUGAGUGGCUCGGGGCCGAUCUUAGGUGUGUUCUUUGGCGGCAAACUCGUCGACUACUUUGGCGGGUACACUGGCCCGCGCCAGGAAGCCAAGGCCCUCAAGAUCUGCAUGAUCAUGGGCUUCCUCGGGGUAGUGGCCUCGCUCCCCAUCUCGUUCCUCUCCAACACGUACCUCAUUGCCAUCUUGCUGUGGAUCAUGCUCUUCUGCGGCGCGUCGCUGCUGCCGUCGUGUUCCGGGAUCGUCAUCGCAUGCGCGCCGCAGCCGCUGCGGCCGCUCGCGUCGUCCGUGGCCAACACUAGCUACAACUUUCUCGGGUACGCAGCCUCCAACUACAUCCCCGGGCUCGUCAUGGACUUCAUCCUGUCCAACACACCCGCCGAAUUCGGCUGGUCGUGCGACGAAGCGUGCACGUACCGCAUCGGGUUUCGCAUUGUCACAUGGUGGACUGUUUUUGCCUUUUUGUGCCUCACCGUGGGCUACGUUGUGGCUGCGCGCAAGGCCAAGCUGGCCACAGCACCGAGCUCCAUCUCACCGUAAGAUAGAAAUAAAGACAGACACAUUGGAGUACGUGAUAAUGAUCUCGACAUACUGGUAUCAUAAAUUAUGGCGAAAC